AUGUUGACUUACAUAACUAGACUUCCUCCGAUUAGCGAGGAAAAUGAGGCGGAGGGGCCUUAUGCGGUUGUUAUGGCGCCUACUAGAGAACUUGCACAGCAGAUUGAGGAAGAAACAGUUAAGUUUGCGCAUUAUUUGGGUAUCAAAGUUGUUUCGAUUGUUUGUGGGCAGUCGAUUGAAGAGCAGGGGUUUAAGAUUAGACAAGGGUGUGAGGUUGUUAUUGCGACGCCUGGACGUCUGAUCGAUUGUUUAGAAAGACGUUAUGCGGUUUUAAACCAGUGUAACUAUGUUGUUCUUGAUGAAGCGGAUCGUAUGAUUGAUAUGGGUUUUGAACCACAAGUUGUGGGUGUUCUUGAUGCGAUGCCGUCGAGCAACUUUAAACCCGAAAAUGAAGAUGAGGAGCUUGACGAGAAGAGGAUAUAUAGAACGACUUAUAUGUUUAGUGCAACUAUGCCUCCAGCUGUUGAUGAGAGGCUAGCUAGAAAGUACUUGAGAAACCCUGUUGUUGUGACUAUCGGAACUGCGGGAAAAGCGACUGAUCUCAUUACGCAACACGUUAUCAUGGUUAAAGAAUCUGAAAAAAUGCCUAGGUUACAGAAGCUGUUGGAUGAUCUGGUAGACAAGACUGCAAUUGUGUUCAUAAACACUAAAAAGUCUGCUGAUUUUGUGUCGAAAACGUUGGAAAAAGCAGGUUACCGGGUGACAAGUUUCUAA